CCAAACAUCACUUUUGCCCUCCUCUAGCAGACAACUGAGCACAACGAUAACCACGACCUCGAGAGAUUUCAGACUUAUCGCCAACACUCGCAGGCCUUCAGGCAAUUCUCCUUGAGGAUCAUAAAGCAACUUUCCGACCUCGCGCACCACCCCGCCGUCGUUCAGCCCUACCAGCAGUAUGCCUACACCAGAGGACGAAGAGUUGAUGGCCAGGAUCAGCAACCUCUCCAGCAAAAUCAACCGGCACAAAGCUCGACACACGACCCCAAGCUACCCUACAGCGACAUACAGCCGACACGCGCCCUACCCAACACGUGGUUACCCUCGUGGGGGAGGGUACCGGCCUCAGCCAACAUAUCGGAAUAAGACUCUGGUGUUGAAUGGGCAAUCUCAACCCUCGACUCCAAAUGGGACGUCGGACUCUUCUGGCGCUCCUUCUCCGGGCCCCUCGUGGAUCACAAAGACCGAUCGUCAUUUGCAACUCAUCAACAGCUCGGUCUACGAGAAGGAAUCGCAGACUCGUAACAGCGCUAUAGAAGAAACGCAGCGACAAAAGCAGCUGACCAGGGACAGUCGGGAGAAGGCCCGGCUUGUCAGUCAUGCAGCCAAGGUGGGCAGACAGAUAACCCACGCUGCCUCAAGCGCCCCUUCGACAACAUCUAGUUACGAGAUUGUGGUCGAGGGGAUCCGCUUCUUCGUCUCUAAAGGUGGCGACAAACUCGUCAAAGCGCCCGGUGACAUCAACCCACCCUCCGCAACACCCAAGACCACACACAUCGGUGGCGUCAAGUUCUACCGCACACGCAACGGCAAUCUCGUGCGGCACGGUGUGAUCAAAGCCAAACAGAUGGCUGGCGGCAUCAAGAAGGUCGACGAGCAGUGCAAGACCUUCUCAUGGAACGGUUCUUGUCCGAAGGGAGCGAACUGCCGGUAUCAGCAUGACGCCACCAAGGUCGCAAUAUGCAGAAACUGGCUGCUCAAGGGCGAAUGUGCAAACGGCGAUAAUUGUGACCUUUAUCACGAGCUAACCGAGGAGCGAACCCCUCUGUGCCUGCACUUUGCCAAAGGCAAGUGCAACAAGCCGGACUGUUCCUUCGUCCACGCAGAUCACGCUGGCAGCGAUCCCGUCUGCCGAGCAUUUGGGUUUUGCGGAUACUGCGCCAACGGCGCCAAGUGCCCUGAUCGACAUGUGUUUGAGUGUCCAGACUUCAGCAAUAAUGGUACUUGCCAUAUCAAGGGGUGCAAGCGGCGCCACAUUGAGCGGGCGAGCAUGCUUCGCAAGCGUCAACGUGGAUCGUCUGAGGAGAUGGAAGAUCUCACGAGCGAUGACGAUGACCUUGCUGCCGAUAGCGACGACUAUGACUCGGAAGAGGUUGAAGAAUUCAUUGGCAAGGGCGACGCGGACGAUGUGUCGUUUAUUGACCAGAAUGACUUUAUCGGCUUCUGAUGGGCUCAUUGAUGUCACACUGAUCACUUCUAGGAUAACAUCUGUCAUCGACUUUCGGGGUCGUGCUGCUCCAAGGCCUGUCGCCCGCACCACGGCUUUGUGGUCAGCGGCGAGCAGUGGCUUUAUGAGCAUGCCACCAUUACCCCAUUCUUGCUUGCGCACCAUCGUGAUACCCAAAGGACUGCAUGUCUUUCGAUAAAGCAUAGAGAUACAUUGCCGCGAGCAAUUGUCUUGUACGAAUAACAAGAAAAGGAAAGAGAGGCUCAAGAGCCGAGGGUUGCAUUGGAGACCACCAAUCAGCAAGACAGGUAGCGAAAUAGAAAGAAAGAAUGAAAAGAAGUUAUAUUUUUUUUUUCGAA